GGCUUUGAGCACCGGAGCCGCACCACCCAGGAGCAACCCGAUGGCAGGUGACUCACAGCCUGCUCUGGUGGCCUCUGCCUCAGAGCAGCUGGCCUUGACGAUAGGCGGCAUCAUUGGGGGGUUGCUGCUGCUGGUCGGAGUGAGCUGCUGUCUGUGUAGGAGGCUUUGCGCCACCUUCACCUACGAGGAACUGCCAGAGACACCAGACCGGGUCACCACCUCUUCCUUCAGCAGAAAAGAGGACAGGCUCUGCCAGUGUGCUGGGACCCUACCUGGCAGGCUACCAAGUAUACCAUUUGUGGUACCCCCUUCUCACCAAGGCCGAGACUGGGUGACCCUACAUGGUGGUGACUGGGCUGUGACCUCACAGGACUCAUGCCCUGUCCCAGAGCACAUGACUGGCACAUCCAGUGCCAACCCUGGAGAUGCAUGUGUGAUGGGGAGUGUCAACCCCGAGCUGUACAAGUCCACAGAGGACAGGAGUGAGACAGGCUUCCCUGAUGGCUGCCUGGGCCGGCUGUGGUUCUCCGUGGAGUACCAGCAGGAGUCUGAGCGGCUGCUGGUGGGCCUGAUCAAGGCUCAACAACUGCAGGUCCCCUCUGAGACCUGCAGCACCUUGGUGAAGCUCCACCUGUUGCCUGACGAGCGGCGCUUCCUCCAGUCCAAGACCAAACGCAAAACUUGCAACCCACAGUUUGAUGAGAACUUCAUCUUCCAGGUAUCCAGCAAAAGUGUCACCCAGAGAGUGCUGAAGUUCUCCGUGUACCAUGUAAACAAGCAGAAGAAGCACCAGCUCUUGGGACAGGUGCUAUUCCCAUUGAAGAAUGAGACCCUGGCAGGGGACCACCACCGUAUCAUCUGGAGAGACCUGGAAGCUGAGAACCUGGAGCCCCCCUCGGAGUUUGGUGAUCUCCAGUUCUGCCUCAGCUACAACGACUACCUGAGCCGCCUGACCGUGGUUGUGCUCCGGGCCAAGGGUCUCCAGCUCCAGGAGGACAGGGGUGUUGUCAGCGUGUUUGUCAAGGUGUCUCUGAUGAAUCACAACAAAUUCGUCAAAUGCAAGAAGACUUCGGCUGUACUGGGCUCUGUCAACCCUGUGUACAAUGAAACCUUCAGCUUCAAGGCUGACACCAAUGAGCUGGACACUGCCAGCCUUAGCCUGGUGGUGCUGCAGAUCACAGAAGGGGACAAGAGCUAUCCCCUGGGCCGAGUGGUAGUGGGCCCCUACAUGUACACCCGUGGCAAAGAGCUUGAGCACUGGGACGAGAUGCUCCGCAAGCCGAAGGAGCUGGUGAAGCGCUGGCACGCACUCUGCCGCCCCACGGAGCCCUGAGCCCUUGUGUCCCCAUCAGUAUAUGCAACAACACAAUGGAUAUCUCAUCUAACACUCAGUGCACUGUGGGGCUAGCCUGAGCCAGUGAGUAGCUCAUGAAUGUUCAUGUGCAGGAAGGAAAAGGGACAGAAUCCAGCUUCAGACAGUAACUGUAGCCAGGAGCCUCUCCCAAUCCAACUAACCUCUCUGGAUCUUCAGGGCUCCUGACCAUCAAGGUCAUGACCUUAAACAGGAUCUCAGGGGCUGAGAAUUGAUAUUCUAUUUGGUGAGGCACGUGCUGAAUGGGAGAGCACAGCACCCGCUGAGUCCCACCACCUUGGAAAGCUGGUGGUGGGUUGAGUCUACAGCUGCAUUGUUUAUCAAGCUGGGGGUUCUCUGUCUUCCACCCAGCAGAGUGAACUGUGGGCUACAACAGGGAGCCUGUUGAGCAGUCCACUCACACACCAAUAGGUCAACGAGUAGUCAGCAGAGCUUGCUGUGUAGCCCCUUCCUGGAGCCAUAUAACACAUGGCAGCCAAAAUUACAUGACAUCGUAACCACUGCCAUCCUCCUCAGAAUGCCACACUUACUUCAGGUGGGUUUCAUGGUCACCUGGUUAACAGAAUUUGGGCAUUCAGCUCCUAACUCUUACUCUGGACAGGUGAAUUUAUGGGACCAUGGUAUUGUCCACAAGACUGAUGGCCAUGGCAUGAGGUAUGAACUUCAUUAGGUCAGUGGUCCCAGAAUCAAAGUCACUGUCACCAAAUGCCGACUAGCUGAUCUAGUGAGCAGCCACUGUGCCUGUUGUUAUUGUGUGUGUCUGUAACCUAAGCAGCAGACAGGCAGAGGCCAUGCACUGUGCCUAAAGCAGAACUGCCCGCUUGUGUCUCUCUUCUUAUCUGCAGUGGCGUGACUUCAGUUAAAGUCGUGGCGAGCAUUAUCUGUGCCUCCACUUCUGAUGUCUAUCAAUACACAAAUCCCAGUUCUGCCUGACUGGCCCAGCAUCUUGUUUGUUUCUUCCAUGACUUCAGGGUGACCCAAACUGCAGUGGCUUCUAAUAGCUUCACUGCGCACACACACACACACACACACACACACACACACACACACAACUCAGGGCAGGCUGCUGAUGUAGAACUACAGUAUUUCAUCUGGAACCUGGAGGCCAUGGAUGCCACCACACCCAUACCCCAACAUGAGACUCAUGAUUGACAGUCAUCUUUCCCGGAUGACAAGGGAAAGUCAGUGAACUGGUACAUCUGACAGGCCUCUGAGAAACUAAAAUGGCAAAAAAAUCAGCAGGCAGUAUGCUCUGAGGGGGUCAAAGGAGGAGCAGCCAUAUUUCAGAGACAUAUAUAGACUUAGAACAGUAAAGAAAUGCACAGGUUUUCAUGGGCCAGUGUGAGCUCUCAGGGGCUGUCUCAGAUGCUGUGUGUAUGUGACUCUAGCAGAAACUCUUUACAUUCCCACAGAAUAUCUUAGAAUAAGGUCAUCAGUUCCUCAGAAACGUGUGCAAUUUGAUCAAAUUUUAUUCACCACGUACCAAUAUGAGAAAUCAUUUGACGAAUGUAGAUUAUUCAACUUUCAGUCCAUUAGCAUGAUACAUUUAUCCACAUCUUUUGCUUUUAAUAAGAGGGAUCUGGGGUUUGUACGAUCCAGAGGGGUCAAGGACACUACAAGAAAACCUACAGAAGCAACUCAGUUGGGCCCAUAAGGGCUCACAGAGACUGAGACAGUGAAUCAGAAAGCCUACAUGGGCCUGACCUAAGGCCUCUGCACAUAGGAUGUGACAGUAGUGUAGCUGGGUCCGUAAGUGGGACUCAGGAGGAGCAGGGGCUGUCUCUGACUCUGUUGCCUGCCUUUCCUCCUAUUGGCCUGCCUUGUCUAGCCUCACUAGGAGAGGAUGGCACCUAGUCCUACUG